CGGACGCGGCGUGCCUCGAUCUGUCUGCGCCUGGCCUCGGGGGAAGAGACCAUGGCGUCCAACGAAGAGGACAGCGGCGCCGGCAACGGGUCGGUGGAAGAGAAGGAGAAUGGCAAGAAAGUGCUUCGGCCUCGCAGCUCGGUGACCACAGCCUGGCUGAUCUUCUACAACAUCACCAUGACUGCCGGGUGGCUUGUACUGGCUAUUGCCAUGGCCCGUUUCUAUAUGGACAAAGGAACAUACAAAGGCUUAUAUAAAAGCAUUCAAAAGACACUUAAAUUUUUCCAGACUUUUGCUUUGCUUGAGAUAAUCCACUGUGCGGUUGGAGUAGUGCACACUUCUGUGCUUGUGACGGGGGUCCAAGUGAGUUCCAGAAUCUUCAUGGUGUGGUUUGUUACACAUAGUAUAAAACAGAUCCAGAAUGAGGAGAGUGUUAUUCUUUUUCUGGUUGUUUGGACUGUGACUGAGAUUACUCGAUAUUCCUUCUACACAUUCAAUAUGCUCAACCAUUUGCCAUACUUCAUAAAAUGGGCCAGGUACAAUUUUUUCAUCAUCCUAUAUCCAGUAGGAGUUGUUGGUGAGCUUCUAACAAUAUAUGCAGCAUUACCCUAUGUAAAGAGAUCAGGCAUGUUUUCAGUGAGACUUCCUAACAAAUACAAUGUAUCUUUUGACUACUACUAUUUUCUGCUCAUCAUCAUGGCCUCUUAUAUACCAUUGUUUCCACAACUGUACUUUCACAUGCUACGUCAAAGAAGGAAAGUGCUUCACGGAGAAGUGAUUGUAGAAAAGGACGAUUAAAACAAACUUUGUAAUCAUGGUGCUUUUUCAGAGUAACAAUCAAAUCCUUCAUGUUACCAAUCUGGAAAUUAUUGGACAAAAUAAAAUCAACACAGAUCAUGA